CAUCAACCUCGAUGCCGUCCCUCCGCCCUCCACUUUGCCUGUCUCACGUGUCGCGCUACGUACGGCUACGAAAUCAACAUGGACGUAGCAGAAUUUCCCCGCUGUCAAUUCGGCGGUGCUCCUGUUCCGCGCCAAAGACAGCACCUCCGACCUUGAAUCCCACCACAAACGAACCUCCCACACCCCCAACUGACCACCGAACCCUCGCCCAAACCCAGGACCUUUUCUUAACCUCGCCAUACAGCCCCGGAUCGCCGCUGUUCCUUCCCAAUGGCUCCUCCAUCUUCAACAAAUUACAAUCGUUUCUCCGCGCACAAUAUCCGCAAUUUGGCUUCAAGGAAGUCGUCACGCCAACCAUAUACAAAAAGUCGCUAUGGGAAUUAUCCGGGCACUGGGAGAACUACGCGAAGGACAUGUUUGAGGUGAAGGGGCGAGGAUUUACAGGUCAAACCGAGAACGCAGAGCCUGGCCAAGAUGAGGAGUUCGGCCUCAAGCCUAUGAAUUGUCCCGGUCACUGUCUCAUCUUCGCGAGCAAGCAGCGAAGCUAUCGUGAUCUUCCAAUCCGGUAUGCAGACUUCAGCGCUCUACACCGAAACGAGAUCUCCGGCGCGUUGAGUGGCUUGACGCGAGUGCGGAGAUUCCACCAGGACGAUGCGCACAUCUUCUGCCGGCCUUCGCAGAUCCUCGACGAGAUAAAACGAACGCUAGAUUUUGUGGGAAUGGUCUAUGAUACCUUUAGUCUUGGGCCCUACAAGCUUCUCCUCUCCACCCGCCCCGAAAAGAACUUCAUCGGCAGCAUCGCCGACUGGGACAAGGCCGAGUCGCAACUAAAAACUGCCCUCUCCGCCAGCGGGCGCGAAUGGUCCAUCAAUGAGGGUGACGGCGCCUUCUACGGCCCGAAAAUCGACAUCAUCCUGCGCGAUUCGAAUGGGAAGGAGCACCAAACCGCAACGAUCCAGCUCGAUUUCCAAUUGCCGCAGCGGUUCCAACUAUCGUACCAAGCACCGCCUGAAGAUCUCGAGGCCGCCUCGACGUCUACAGAAGACACAACGCUCGAGGCUGGAUCAGCCCGUCCUGUGAUAAUCCACCGCGCGAUCCUCGGCAGCCUGGAGCGCUUCAUGGCGCUGCUGAUCGAGCAUUAUGCUGGCAGCUACCCCUUCUGGCUCUCCCCGCGGCAGCUUGUCAUCCUCAGUCUGAAUCAGGACCCUGCGGUCCUCGCGCACGUCGAGAAACUGCAAGCACAACUGAGCGGUGCGAAUGCGUCGACGUUGCCGAAUGGCCUCCCGGCCCCGCUGCCUCUCGAUCGGACGAACGUAAUUGUGGAUAUUGAUACGAGCGCAAGAUCACUGGGGAAGAAGCUCCGGGAUGCAAAAAAAGGGGGGUGGAAUUUCAUUGCGGUUGUUGGACCGAACGAGGUCGCAAGCGAGAGCCUGAAGUUGGAGAUUGCCGGACAGCCUGAGAGUACUAAGGCACAGGCAAUGAGGGUGCUUGAGGAUGCCCUGGGGAGGGACGUAGAUGGAAGGAAGGGUGUAGAGAUGACAGGGGAUAUGGGGAGGAAGUUCUUCGAGAAGAUGGUGGGGGCAUAUCUGUAGAGAAAUUGUGUAUAGGUACUGUAUAGAGUGUAAGAAUACGCGAUGUUGAUAUUCAAUUAUAAGUUUGGCGAGGUCUCUCCUGGCGUAUAGCGCAGCAUGAAGCAGUAUCAUUCCC